AUGCAAGCGAACGGAGCGUACAGCCUCUACACCCAGGCAGGCGGCUCCGAAAUGAUUAUCACCUCUCUGAACUAUCUCUUUGAUUUACUGAGUGCAUUUCAAUUCAAUAGUAAGGUGGACUUGCUCAAAUAUUGGCUGGUGGAGGCCCAAAAGAUCGAAAACUUCUGCGAUGCAAUUAGGCGCAGCGUCGCAAUGACGUCCGAUGUGCAAUCUCUCCUCGAAAAGCGAAUGAUCAUAUCUGGGCAUCAGUACCGGAAACUAUACGACAAUGCAUUCACCGCUUGCAUGAUCACCGACGAUGCAGCCGCAGCCUGGCAAUGGGUUCAAAAGUCAAAGGCACGGAGCUUAUCGGAUGUUUUUGGCAUCCGAGCUGUGUUGCCAGUCUCACUCCUCGCGGCCAUUAAAGCCGACAGUGAAGCUCAUGCUUUGUUCGAGAAAGAGCGUCUCCUUGGAGCGGCAGCUCUAAAGACGGGGCCGUUGGAAUACCUCAAUGCAAGGCGGCAGGCUGAGGAGGUUCGACUUCGUAUGAAAGAGCACCCGCUAUUAGCACAAGCGCUGAACAUUCGUGAAGGCGCCUUCGAUAUUGGCUUUUCCCAGGUAGCACUCGGUGAGGCCCUCGACUUGUCCGGUGGGACCUGCGAAAAUGUCAAAUAUGUGGAGUGGUAUAUACCACACCGACCGUCAUCUGAGACCAAGAUUGUCGUUCUCGUCAGGGCCUUGGAUGGUGAUACUACUAUGCGGGAGCUGAAUAUUACCACAGGCAGCAUCGAGUCCUGGAUCAAGCGUCGACUCGUGUACCCUCGUGAAGCAAAGGCACCGCUUGGAGAAGCGUCCGCUCGGGCGAGAUUGAAAGAACUUGGACCGUUGGUCAAUGACCUCCUGCAAUUGACAAACGAAGAAGAUCUAUUGAUCUUGUCCCCGUCUGGCAUUCUGAAUCACAUACCGAUACACGCCCUUUUCCUGGGAGAUAAGACAUUGAUUGAGCGAAAUCUCAUUGUCUACUCUUCCAGUUCAGCCAUAUUCCGUCAUGCAUACAUGAGAGCGGUAUCCCAGGCCACAAACCCUUCCCAUCCGAACGACCGUGCUUCACUUCUUACGGUCUACGAAAGCGACGGUGCACGAGGACGAGACGAGCGCGACGCAAUCUACAAGCACGCAGAAACCCUCUCAAAGACGAUGGUCUUUCAAGUCCGGACAGCGGAGGAGGUAAGCAAAGCCUCGUUCAAGGAAGCCGCAGCCUCGUCGGACUGGAUCCACUAUCAUGGACAUGCACUGUUCAACAAACGUGACGUCCUUCGAUCAUGCCUCGUCCUAGCCGGAGGUCUAGAAGAAGCGCAAGCGUUAGCGGACACAACACAUCUAUCUGCCACCGAAGCCUCAAACACCAGCAAGAAUCUCACCGUAUCAGACAUUUUUGACAUUGACAUGCAGGUUUCCGCUCCACAUGUGACGGUUGUUGCCUGCGACUCUGGCACCCAAGACAUUGCGGCGGGGGAUGAGCCUCUUGGGAUCAUUCCAGCACUUCUUUAUGCUGGGGCAACAUCCGUCAUUGGGACGCUCUGGCCAGUCGAGAGCGCCGCUGCGCGACGAUUUAGCGAAUUAUUCUAUUCUAAUCUGCGGACGCAGAUUGAGGCCAAGCCACGGGUGAAAGUGAUGGUGCUGAACCUGGCGCAGGCGCUUCGAAUCACCAUCUGUGAGAUGAUGCGCAAGGACAACUCAGAAACCAAGGCGCCAGUGCAUUGGGCCCCAUAUGUACUGCAUGGUUGUUGGUUUCGAGGAUAUCGAUCACCAACCACGAUGGAAGCAAGCGACUGA